AUGAGUCUCAAGAAGCUGGUCAAGAAAAAAGACUCAGUCCAGUCAUGGAAGCUCAUGGUCGUGGGCGAGGAGAACGUUGGGAAAACGUCGGUCGUGCACGGCCUCCGGAAGAAAGCGCAGGAGACCUUCUCCUGGGGCGAAGGCAUCACGACCGAGCUGGGCGCGAUGACGGCCGACAAGCUGACCUCCUUGCGCGCCAUGGUGGUCCUGGUCGUGUGUGCUGUCCAGUAUUGGCUGUGGGACCUCGAAGCCAGCAAGGCCAAGCAAAAGGCGCUCCUGGCCGUGUGGGACUUUAAGCGCUCGGGCGAGUUUGGCCUCCGAGGCCAGGACAACUAUCAGGUGGUGCAGGAGACGUUCUCCUCGCACGACCGGUGCAUCUACGUGCUGGUCUGGGACCUCACCAAUUCCUACUCGCAAAAGAGGAUCGAGCACUGGCUGUACUCGAUCGCCAUUCACAGCAAGAAGGCACCGAUCAUCCUGGUGGGCACGCACAAGGAGGACCCGCGCCUGUCGGAGGACCACCUGAAGAAGCUGAGCGAGGGGCUCAAGGAGAAGUUCAGCCGCGCCUUCCGGAAUAUCCGCGCCACCGUCUUUGUCGACACCGCCUCCAGCCACGGGCUCGACGAAGUGAAGGAGCAGUUGCAAGCGGUGGUGGAGGCCGAGGCGGCCAAGCAUGCGCCGCAGAACCUUCAUGGGUGCUCGCAGCUACAGGAAGCCGUUGCCCACCUCGUCAAGAAACGCAUGCCACCGCUAAUCCCAUAUUCUGAAUACGCCGAGUUGGCGGCCAAAUAUUUGGGCGACGCCGCGGAAGAGGGCCGCCAGUCUACUGUGGCCGAGAUGACCACGCUGUUGGGCGAUAUGGGCGCGCUGGUCCACAUUCCACAAGACGUGCGGCUGAAUCACGUCGUCAUCGCCGACCCGAAGUGGCUCUACACGGCACGUUCACACUCUCUUGAGGCUGACCUGUCCCGAAGUCGACACAAGAACACGAAGAAGGGAAUCUUCUAUCCGUCGACCCUGCGGCAGCUGUGGACGGCGCCCGAAUAUCCGGAGGACAUCCACGACUUUCUCCUCUCCCUGCUCGACCGCUUCGGCAUUUCCUUUUGCAUCCAUCCCCUCGGCGGCGGCGGCAGCGGUUCAUCCAUAGAAGAAAACUCGGAGAGCGGUCAGUACUACUUCAUCCCGUCGAUCUUGCCCGAGGAGAAGCCGGUCAUGUUCUCCUACAUGCGCAAGGUGUUUGCCGAGUUCGAGCGGGAGCGGGACCAGCGGGUGCUGCAGCGCGAGGAGGAGCGGGAGCGGGAGCUCACCCUCGAGGUGUCCCUCAACGCCCAGAUCCAGCGCUGGAACAAGCCCGACACCGAGAACCACGUCGAGGGCGAGGGCGAUGGCGACGCCGCACACAUCUCCAUCCAGGUCGAGGAGCCGACCGACGCCACCCUGAAGCCAAAGAAAAAGAAAAAGAGGAAGAAAUCGGAAGCUGCGACCACGGUGGACGGUAGCGGUGGGCUCGGCGAGAGGAGCAAGAGCGGCGACAAUCGACGGACGGCGGAGGAGUGCACGAGCUAUGGGGAGGAGACCGAGUGCUCCGACAUGACCACGUUCGACCUGUCCGACGACGACAACGAGGUCGAGUGGGACAACAUCAUUACUGUGGACGACGGCAGCGGCGGCGGGGGCAGCGCCUGCGUCAGUCCGCGAGGUGACCACAGCGUGGCCGAGGCGAAGAGGCAGCUCGCGCGCUCGGCCGGCGGCAGCGCACGGGCGCUCAUCACUCGGCAGACCGAGUCGAGCGACAGCCUGCGCGCCAGCGACGGCUCGCAGGCGGAGAACGACUGCGCCGGUGUCGCGGCGGCCGGCGACGACGACGAGAGCGGCAGUGUCCUCAGCGACCGCGACACGACGAAGAAGGUUAAGACAAAGGAAAAGAAAGAGAAGAAAGAGAAGAAGGAAAAGAAGAAGGAGAAGAAGAAGGAGAAGAAGAAGGAGAAGGAGACGAAGCAGCGUAGCAUGUCCCUGACGCCCAAGCUCACGAAGCGCACGACGGCGGGACUCGGCGAGUUGUACGAGCAGCGGCGCGGCCGCAAGACCAUCAACGGCAAGGAGCCGAAGGCGGUAGACGGCGCCGGGGCGUGCCACACCGUCUCGGUCACCGUAGCCGCCCCCGCAGGCAACGCAUCGUCAUCGUCAUCAUCGCCGUCGACCCCGACGCCCGGCGAGUCCGGCGCGGAGAGCGAGGGCGAGGUCUACCAAUUUGGGCGCACUUACCUCUUUGCCUUCAUGCCCAACGGCUUUUUCGGGCGGCUGAUGGCGCGCGUGUUGGCCGACGGCAAGUUCGAGCCGCAGGUCUACUGGCGAACCGGCAUGCUGCUGGCUUGGCGGAAACGGUCAAGCCGUCGUGGAAAGGAAGAGAAGAUACUGGUGGAGAUCUUCCCCAAGGAGAACCGGAUCUCGAUCCAGGUGCGGAAGCACACCAACAUGAACUGGCUCUCGGGCAAGGCCAAGGACGAGGCCUCGUCCAUGGUGGUCAUCAUCCACACCCUCGAUGCCCUCGUCGAGGACUGGUACCAGACCAAGAAAAUGUCAAAGGUGAUGGUGCCGUGCAUCCACUGCCUGCGGGACACGGUCAAGGAGGCCCACCUGUUCUCCAUCGAGACCUGCCAGCGGGCCGUCAUCCACAACCGCAUGUUCCUUCGGUGCACGAAAGACAUCACUGAGGGAGCCAAGGGACCGCUGGUGCGAGUUUCGCUGCUGGCACCGGAUCUGGCGAUGUCGCACCUCCAUUCCUCCCGCGUCAAGUACGAGGACAUGGAGUUCGGCCGUUCGCUGGGCGAGGGCGCCUAUUCCCUCGUCUACCAGGGCACGCUCAAGGACGGCUCGGAGGUGGCGAUCAAGAAGCUCAAGAAUCCGCUUCGCUCGUUCGAAGAGUUCCGACGGGAGAUCUGGAUGAUGAGUGGGCUUCACCACCCGAACCUCCUCGGUCUGCGCGGAUACACCCUCAACCCGUGCUGCGUCGUGUUGGAGUAUAUGAAAGAGGGCGACCUCUUCCAGUUCCUGCACAGGGACGAGUGGGCGCCGCAGCGCGCGAUGGUCCACAAGCGCUGGAACGUGCUCAUGCUCAAAAUCGCCAAGGACAUCGCCAAGGGCUGCGCCUUCCUCCACUCGGCCAACCCGCCCGUCAUCCACCGCGACCUCAAGUCGCCCAACGUGCUCUUGAUGGACAUCUCGAAGCGGGCAUCGGUGGUGGCCAAGGUGGCCGACUUUGGUACCUGCCAGCAGAUGGCCGGUAUCGUCGCCGGGCGCAAGGUCGAGAAUCCAGUGUGGUUGGCGCCGGAGGUGAUGAAGGACCGAAUCUACACGGAGAAGGCGGACAUUUACUCGUUCGGCGUGAUGCUCUACGAGAUGCUCACGCGCAAGCAGUUCUUCGAGGACGAGCGCUUCUUCAGCAAGAUGGAGCAGCGGAUCAUCGCCGGCGAGCGGCCGGAGCUGCCGCCCUGCUUCCCCGAGCUCGAGCAGCUCAUUCGCGAGUGCUGGGCCAGCGAGGCCGAACUCCGGCCCUCCUUCGCCACCAUCACCGACAAGAUCACUGCCAUCAUGAAGCUGUACUACCCUAAGCAUGUAAACUACGACGCGGGACUAGGCAAGCUGGCGCUAGGGGCCAGUGGCCAGGUCGACUGGCAGCUGCUCGAUUCGCAACCGCAGCCUGCCGUUGACGCCGAAACGCCCCAGACCCUCGCGCAGCUCCUCAAUUGA